CGUCACGCCGGUUCCGCGCGGCGCUGCGGUUCCGGUCACGUGCCCCGGCGCCAGGUGACCCGGCCCGCCCGCUCCGGUCCGCCAGCUCUGCCCGGUGCCGCCGCCGCCAUGACCGGGCUCGCCCUGCUCUACUCGGGGCUCGGCCUCGCCUUCUGGACCACCCUGCUGGGCGUCGGGAUCUGCUACACAAUAUUUGACCUGGGCUUCCGCUUUGAUGUGGCCUGGUUUCUGACGGAGACCUCACCCUUCAUGUGGUCCAACCUGGGCAUUGGCUUGGCCAUCUCCCUGUCUGUGGUGGGAGCUGCCUGGGGGAUUUACAUCACAGGCUCCAGCAUCAUUGGUGGUGGAGUCAAAGCCCCUCGGAUCAAAACGAAGAACCUGGUCAGUAUCAUUUUCUGCGAGGCCGUGGCCAUCUACGGGAUCAUCAUGGCAAUUGUCAUCAGUAACAUGGCUGAGCCUUUCACUGCAGUCAUCCCAGAAGAGAUUGGAGCCAGAAACUACCAUGCAGGUUUCUCCAUGUUUGGGGCUGGUCUGACCGUGGGCUUAUGCAAUCUCUUCUGUGGGGUCUGUGUGGGCAUCGUGGGCAGCGGGGCUGCCCUGGCUGAUGCCCAGAAUGCCAGCCUCUUCGUCAAGAUCCUGAUUGUGGAGAUCUUCGGCAGUGCCAUAGGGCUGUUUGGGGUCAUCGUUGCUAUCCUGCAGACAUCUAAAGUAAAAAUGGGCAACUGAGCCCUGUCGAACCCAGUGUGUUCCAGCCCGCCCCAAGAGGUUCUGUAUAUACUUAUUUAAUGUUUCUAUACGUGAUUGGGGCGGGAGGUGCCUGGCGGCAGGAGCAGGAGCCUGACUGCGUAGAGCCCCGUCCCGCAGAUCCAUCGGCCCCUCGGAAAAAAGCAAAUUUCUCUGUGUGAAUCCUGCUCUCAGCAGCCUGGCCCAGCCUGUGGGGCCCUGCUGCUGCCCGUCCCCGGUGUGUUUAGAAUCGACCACCAGUGCAAUUCUGUGUCAGUGAAAUAAAUAUGGUUCUCGUCCAA